GGCCUAGUGUUACAAGCAGGGAUAUUUUUCAUACUGCUCUAAUCAACGUCGGAAGGAACAUGUCAGACGAAGAACUAAAUAACAAGCUAAAGUCCAGUGGACGUUAUAUGACUGCAGUCGGAACUGAUUGGAUGCCAAUAACCAUGAAGUCGCAGAUUUCGGACGAGUUCGUGAAGACGGGUGCUUCCCCGAAGGCCAAACCGGAGCCCCGGGCCCAGCCAGAAGCUUCGAAGCCGGUGUCGGAGAUUUCCAACUGGCGAGAGCGGAAGACUACCAACUGGCGCGAGGAGAAGACUUCCAACUGGCGCGAGCAGAAGAUAACCAACUGGCGCGAGCGUCCCAAUGGCCAUCAGCCAGGUUCCAGCUCUUACAAUGCUAAAUAA